UCCUCCUCCAUCUCCUUGGACGAAGAAGAAGAAGAAGAGAACAGUGCCUCGAGCACCAGACGCCACACAGAAAAUUCAUAGGGACAUUGCAUCCUCUCCCGCUUCUUACCGUUAAAGCUCAACUCAUUUGGCCAAAGCUAUGCGAAACGAAGCAGUCAUCGACUUUGCUGUGGAGCUAUACACGUUGUUCAAUUUCUACCUCGACACUGAUGGAAUUUAUCAGGUACGAACCUCGCUUCAAGCUUUCUCCAAAAACUACUCCCAAGUGUUUCUCGGUCCUUCAAAAAUGCGCGAUGGAGUCUCCGUAAGCAAGUGUUUUCCCAUCACAGCUAGAUGCGACACUCUUCAGACGGACAUUAACGAAAUAGUGCGUUUCGAGGUCCAUACCUAUCCGAGGGAUGAGGUUCGAGUUCAGCUUCAGGGGACGUAUUAUGAGCUCAAAGUGGCACUGUACGUCUCCAAGAUUGAAAAUGGGGUCCAAUCACAUCCUGAACUAUACGAACUGGUUGCCGAACGUGUUCUCACCUUGUCUUUCGACCCAACCGUCGGGCUGCAUCAUUACCUGCCGGUCGUCUUCGAGGUUGGCAACCUGAGUGUCCUCACAAUCGCUAUCCAUGCGUCCCUCGUCAUGAUCUGCAUUCCCGAUAUAGAGAAAUUGAACAGCUCAUUUUUGAAACAGGUGGUUGGUCAAGUCUGCCUCUGCGACUAUCAGAAUAGCUGUUGCUGCAGAAAUAAACCCGAGAAAAACAUCACGGCAGAGCUUGCAACGCUUCUCACGAGGGCCGCGACUCAGCUGAAGAGACGCCUUGAUAAUUUCAGAGAAGCGGUAUUUGGAAACGUCACGAUAUAUGCAACUGAAGACUUAACUGACAUGUCGUCGGUAAAGGCUCGCGAUAGAUUGAGUCGCUUCGCUACCCUGGACAGGGAAGACACUAUCCAGUUCGCGGACGAAGAGACACGCAAGAUGUGCGUCUUCCUCGUCGUCCUCUGGGACCAAUACUUGGAGAUCGCCCUUGGAAGGGCUGAAGUGAGGAACGCCCUGUAUAUGCCCUUGCAGCUGAAGAGGUUGGCUCGUAUGGCAGAAGCGUACCUUAUCGUCAACAAGGAUCCGAAGACUAUCUACUACGACCCUCAAGUGAGCCCGGAUUAUUACAAGAAGAUAGCGCAGCAAAUGCGCAAAUCUGAAUACCUUAGGGCGCUACCUGGCCUGGAAGUAGAAUGCACAGAAGUAGACGGCAACUACAAAAACAUUCCCAUUAUUUUCGAAGAACGAUAUAGAUAUCCGACGAAGAAGGUGGCGACGGACGAAGCACGUUCUACAAGCGACAUUUCUGAAAGCGAGCCCGACAGCGCGACCAAGUUCACCAUGAACCUCUCUCGGGGAAGUAUGGAAUUACUUGCUCUGACGGCGCAUCCGGACACGGAGGUUUGCAACUGUCGUCGCAACGAAAGAUUUGUUAACAUUCUUCCAUCUUGUCAUGUGUCCAAAUUGUCACUUUCCACGAGCAGCUCCAGUCGAUAUUCCAGUCUGAGUUCCACUCCCGCCAACGUGCUCCAGCAAAAAAAGUUCGUAGCUUUGAAACAAGACUUCCUUAACAAUAUUCAAUUGCCACUCAUAUGGGAAACUCCUGACAUGGAGGAACUUCAGAAAUCACUGUUUAGCUCACAAAAAUCAUCGUCCCCAGACAGCCUGCAUCUUAUCAUCAUGGUCCAUGGAUUGUAUGGGAGUUCCACAGACCUUAGGUUAUUUCGCGCGUUCAUGGAGAUGGCACAUCCCGGGGCGAAUACGCGGUUCCUCAUGGCCAGAUCGAACGAGAGAGAAGGCACAUUCAAGGACUUCGACACUCUGGGCAGGCGAUUAGCUCUGGAGAUUCUAGACCAUAUAAGGAAACACACCAAGAAACCAAAUCGGAUAAGCUUCAUCGGCUUCUCUAUGGGAAAUGUCAUCAUUCGUUCAGCGCUCACAAUGCCAGAGCUGAAGCCACUAAUACGUAAUCUGCAUACGUUCCUGUCGAUUGGUGGACCUCACCUAGGCAAUGCUUACAACCCUUCACGACUCAUAAAUUUUGGUAUGUGGUAUCUGAACAGGCUCGAUAAUACUGAUUCCUUGAAGCAAAUGGCAUUAAAAGACAAACCAGACAUCAAAGAGACUUAUCUCUAUCGCCUCAGCUUGGACAAAGGAUUGAAGCGGUUCAAGAACAUCUUGCUCGUGGGAACUGCUGAUGACUACGUCGUGCCUAUUCAUUCGGCUCACGUCAAACUUCCGAAGGCUGCGCUUCAGGACAACAGCCCGCUGGGUGCAGCGUAUCGUGAAAUGGCACGGAAUAUCAUCCGGCCUCUUUUGCAGAAACGAGGGCCAAAUAUCAUUCGAUAUGAAAUUCAUGUGCCUUUUAAAGGAACGAUGCUUACCACAAACGUCCACAUUGCUCCCCUGGACCGGGAAGUGCUGGUGCAGAAGAUGGUCAUGGUUGCUUGCGCAAGACAUUUCGUUUAGGAAAAAAACGAUCAGUGCGACGGAGAGGCUGUGUGACGACAAUGAUUCGUGACUGCGUAGAACAGAUUUGAAACUAUGGUGGCGUCGAAAUCGCGAACGUGUAUUUGAAUAAUAGAACUGGAUAGAAAUGUACACUAAAU